CCUUGUCAUUUAACGUGUUCGGAUUACACAAACUACCAAUUGAAAUCUCCAGCAAUAAGACCUGCCCAAUCGGAUGGUUCCACGCAGAUGGCAGCACUGUGUGGAAAACAAUAUUUCCUCUCAAAAAUUGCUGUGACGAGAAACGAAGCAGCUUUGCGAUGCAAGUCGAUGGGAAUGGCGCUUUUGGCCGUCACUUCUCUCGAAGAGCUAAACUGUCUGGCCACUUUGACAGCUGUUGGAACUUUUUGGACGAGCGGCUCGAACGAAGACCUCAACUGCGAUUUGGAGCAGAAAUUCGCUUGGUGCUCAACCGGCUUCAAUAUUUCCUCGGAAUUGGUUUCUUCGGAGCAAUUUUGGAUGUCUACCACUGCCGCUCCGUCCACCCUCCAUCGCUGUCUGGCCCUUGACCUCUCAACCACCCCCAAAAAGGGGAUGGUCCUCAGGAAUUGUGAAGAGAAUUUGCCCUACAUUUGCCAGUUUACCGUCGAUUGUCCCAAACAGUGCAACAAAAACGUGCGAUCUCAGAAUUAUUUGGAAAAAAUAUAG